AUGCUGGCGGCGGCCAGCCAGGCCACCUCAAGCCAGCCGUUGUACAAGAACCCUCACGCUUCUAUCGAUGAUAGAGUGUCUGACCUGCUGAAACGCAUGUCCGUACAGGAAAAAAUGGCCCAAUUGAUUCAGGGCGACAUGUCCAACUACCUCGACCUCACGUAUGGUACAUUCAACAAAUCGGGUCUUGUGUGGAACAUGGAGUACCGAGCCAACUCGGUCUGGACGGGCUACUAUACCAACAUGACGACGGUCAAGAAGGCUGCUCAGUUGGCGCAAGAGUACUUGCUCAAGGAAACUGAAUUGGGCAUUCCGACGUUUGUUCAGAGCGAAGGUCUCCACGGAUUCUUGGGCCUGAAUGCCACGAUUUUCAACUCUCCCAUUGGCAUAGGAUGCUCGUUCAAUCCCAGCCUGGUAGAGACAAUGGCAAACGCCAUUGCAACGGAAAGUCUAGCCCUUGGAGUUAACCAGCUUUUCGCACCGCUGGCUGAUCUUGCACGAGAAUUGAGAUACGGCCGCGUAGAAGAAUGUUUUAGCGAGGAUUCGUACUUGGCGGGAGAAAUGGCUUACAGCUUUGCCAAGGGACUCCAAGAAAAAGGUGUCUCGGCGACUGUCAAGCAUUUUGCUGCUUUUGCUUCACCCGAGCAGGGAAUCAAUACUUCCCCAGUGCACGGAGGCGAACGCGAACUACGCUCACUCUAUCUUCCGUCGUUUAAGAGAGCCAUCAUUGACAGCGGUGCUACCUCAAUCAUGUCGUCCUAUAAUUCCUACGAUGGCGUCCCCAUGGUUGCAAACUCGGCGGUGCUUACCGAUAUCCUUCGCGGUGAAUGGGGCUAUGAGUAUUUCGUAACGUCUGAUGCGGGUGGCACUGCUCGCCUUUCUAAUGCCUUUUAUGUCUGCGGAGCCCAAGACAACGAUUGCAUUACUCUUGAGGCUCUGCCUGCUGGCAACGAUGUCGAAAUGGGUGGUGGAUAUUACAGCUACCAGUCAAUCCCAGCCCUUGUUGAAUCAGGCAAGCUGAGCGAAAGUGUCUUGGAUACCGCUGUAUCCCGCGUGCUUCGGGCAAAGUUCAAACUGGGCCUUUUUGAGAAGCCCUAUACUGGCGUUGCUGACGACGACAUCUUCAAGUAUAUCAACACUCCGGCGCACAAGAAGAUUGCUCGCCAGCUUGAUUCAGAGAGCAUUGUGCUUCUUGAAAAUCACGAAAACGUUCUGCCCCUGAAGAAGAACGCUAAUAUUGCGGUUAUUGGUCCCAUGGCUCACGGCUAUGUUAAUUACGGAGAUUAUGUGAUUCACACAGCAAUGACCCGAGGCGUUACCCCCCUUGAUGGUAUCAAAUCUGUCAGCACCGGCAAGGUUACCUAUGCCCAAGGCUGCGAGCGCUGGUCCAACGAUGAAUCUGGCUUCGACGAAGCUAUUGCCGCCGCCAAAGACUCGGACGUUGCUGUCGUCGUCGUUGGGACAUGGUCGCGGGACCAAAACGAGCUCUGGUCAGGCUAUAACGCAACUACUGGCGAGCACAUUGAUAUCAGCGACUUCCACCUCGUUGGUGCCAUGCCUCGCUUGGUCAAAGCCAUCAUCGAGACUGGAAAGCCCACCGUCGUUGUCUACAGCUCCGGAAAGCCCAUCACCGAGCCGUGGAUCUCAGAGGAAGCAUCUGCUCUUGUACAGCAGUUUUACCAGUCCGAGCAGGGUGGAUAUGCUCUCGCAGAUGUUUUGUAUGGCAACGUCAACCCUUCAGGCAAGCUCUCCGUGAGCUUCCCCUACGAUGUUGGAACUCUUCCCAUCUACUACGACUACCAAAACUCCGCCAGAGGCUCCCCCAAUCCCGGCCACAUCUAUGAAAAUGGAACCCUUGUCUUUGGCAGCACUUACGUAUUCGAGAACCCCACCGCGCUCUAUGAAUUCGGAUACGGCCUGUCAUACAGCCAGUUCGAAUUCUCCGACAUUUCAGUUUCCAAAUCUCAAGUGUCCGCUUCCGAUACUGUGACCGUUUCUGUGAAAGUGACAAACAAGUCACAACGUGAUGGAGCAGAGGUGGUGCAGCUUUACGUCAAGGACAUGAUUGCUUCGGUAGAUGUGCCACGAUACCGGCUCAAGGGCUUCCAGAAGGUCACUGUAAAGGCCGGAAAGUCAACGACGGUCAAGAUUGACCUCUCAGUUGAGGAUUGGGGGCUGUGGAACCGCCAAAUGAAAUAUGUGGUUGAGCCUGGGGAUUUUACUGUUCUCGUAGGCAACUCUAGUGAGAAUUUCUUUGGAAACGUCACAGUGACUGUUUCAUAG